UCGUAUUCAGGACCAGCUGAGUGCGUGCUUCCAAAGCGAACUCGCUACGAACUUUCCCGCCAGCAUGAGUUUUAUCACAAAGUGACCGGACGUCAUCAGAUAUCGCCGUGUUAUUAAAGUGUCCUCAUAACAAGUACCCUGGCAGCGAGCUCCACUGGCGACUUUUGCGAGUGCCUUCAAGCCGCUGCUGCUGCCGCAACUCAAGCCGUGGGGCGCAAGAGGAAGCCAGCCAACCAGCCAGUCAGGCAGGCAAACUGGCAAGCAGGACAACGAGAGGCGGGCGGUGGUAGUAACGGCGGCGGCUUUGCCAGCAGAACGAGUGUCCGAGUGCCUCCCGCUCGGCUUCGCUUCCUACCAGAAACGCCCAAAGGCGAGUCGGCUGGCCCUGCCUUUUCCUGCGCCUCGACCCAUAGCUUCACCGUUGCACGGCGUCCUUCAUAAAAACCACCGGCUGACGUCGGCCGAAGGGCACAAGCUGAGAGACGCAGGCGGGAGUCGUCGGAUAUGGAAAAGCCGAGAAACAAUAAUUAGACAGUAAAACUACAAGGGUGGCUCCUCUAUAGUAGUGAGCAUCAGCGUCAUCGGUGGCGGCAGUAGCAGCAGUGGCCUGCUAAAGCCUCAAACCGAAGGAGUGAAAGAGCAAACGAGUAGAGGAAGAACGAACGCAGAUUCUUGUCUUCUUUUGGUAACCACAGUAAUAACAAUAAUAAUACGUGAGAAUGUAUUAUUCGUUUGCCUCUCCUUUUGCCGCGCUGGGAAAUGCUGGGGCAACCCGGUCACCGGCACGGCCUACCGAAGGCGCAUCUACAUUCCCGCUCGAUUUAUCGUCGAAGACUCCUCCUCUAGCAGUGCCUCCGCUGGGCGCACUGUCCUGCCCAAUGACAGCAGCUCGGGACCUGCUGGACCACCAACGCGCUUUAGCUGCAUCGAUGCUCGGCUCUGCGUUUCCCGAAUGGGCGCCUGGUCUCGCUGGCUCCGCUACCGAGCUAAAGGCUUCAACUUUUGACAGCAGCAGUUGCAGCAGCAAGACAGCUCCUUUGGGACUAAACCAGCAGCCGGUAACGGCUGUAGCGGCCGGUGCAGCAGCAGCUGGUAGCAUCAGCAGCACCAACAUCAACAGUAGCAGCAGCAUUACUACUACCACUAGCUGUAGCAGUGGCGGCAGUGACGGUAGCGCUACAAGCAGUGCUUUCCUCGAGCAGCAGAAGCAGCUGGCAGCGCUCAUGUUCUCCUGCCACGCGCUCGUCGACCCUGUCGCCGUAUUUCGAGCAAGGAGCCUACAGGCAGCUCUUGCAGGGGCUGCUGGAGUACCGGGAGUAACGGCUGCAACAGCCGCUGCGGCGGCGGCGGCGGCAGCGGCCGCUGCGGCGGCAGCAGUGCCCCCGUCGACACAGACUGGUGCUCUUACCAACACUAGCAACCCGUUCGUACCAUCCGUCUACCCACUGGGGGAUUUGUGGUCUACGAGGAACUUUGAGCCGGCGCUACCCCGCAACGAUGAGGGGUCGACCAUCAAACCGCACGUAUCACAAUCGUCACCUCAGAAGCCGGUGCCUCAGGUACAGGCACAACUGGCAGCGGCUGCACCAAAAGCCCCUGCUAAAACUGAAAAAACCUUUCAGCCGUGGAAGGACGACGUUGGCUGCCCCACGCCAACCAAGCCAAGCAAGCCCAAGAAAACGCCGUUCAACAUCGAAGCUCUCAGCAAGCCCGACGAUUCAACGACGGCAGUCACAGGCGCCGGUGAGUGCAGCGCAACUAAGGAUGAGGAGGCUAAAGAUUUCAAGUUUAGUUUGCAUCCGAAAAAACGAAGACUAGCUUCACCUGACAUUCCCGAGGAAGCAUGCCAGACUAUCAACAGUAUCGCCUCCAGUAUCCCAGGAAUUGCCAACAUAAAGCCUAAAAAGCGAGCCGUGCAGGUGUUACAGAAGUGGGAUGAGCCAGCCGCAACCUCCUCGGUUGCGAACUCAAGCCUACCACUGCAGCAGAGUUCACCUUCGCAGCUAGCACCGAUCACAGCAGCGGGACCCGUGACCGUAGUUCCCGAACAACUGGAGGAGUCCCUGCUUCACCGUGCUGCUCGCACCGGCAACCUGGAAAUGGUGAAUUUCUGCCUGGACCGAUGCGGUGAAGUGCACGUGAACCAACGUGGCCGUAGUCAGGCGACAGCCUUACAUGAGGCAGCUUCGAAAGGUUUCGUGGCAGGGACGAGGGCACUCUUGGAGAGAGGCGCUGACCCCGAAGCAGAGACCCCUCAGGGGGUACGGCCCCUGCACGAGGCCGCUGCUAAAGGCCACAUUGAGGUUAUAAGGCUGCUCCUGUCGUUUGGAGCUCAAGUGGACGCUAAGACGUUGUCAGGCGAUACAGCGGCAAGCAUCGCUAACAUGUUCGAUUUUCAAACUCUACGAACAUUUUUAGAAGAUUUUGCUGAGGACAACAAAUUUAUCGAUGAUGAGGCUGCUGAAAAAGGAGAAGUGCGCGAUCGAAAACCGUGGACAUUUAGGGGCACUUCGUCAUGUCUUGACCACAAGCUGGAAUCGGGUUUUGACGUGUUGGCGGGUGCUCCCGAAUGCUGCUUGCUUCCCGAAAUCGCCAUACGGACAUUCCGUGUUCUACGAUCUAUUGGCGAAGACGGCGCGAUGCAGUCUCUAACGUGCGCGCACCUCGAUGAGCUGAUAGCUUCCACUGGGCUUACGGACGUAGGUGUCUUUCUACGCACAAUCGGUGAUGAAAUCUCACAGCAAAUCGUGUUUUCCGUCGACCGUACUAUGGAAACGGACGCUUUCUCACGGUACUAUGAACAGUUAUCGACAGUGCGGGCCAUUCGCUGGGACGAGGAGUCAAAGCGCCUUCUCAGCCAGGCUCUAUCCCGUGGGCAGGAUCAACAACAGCCAGCCAGCAGUACUGACAACACUUCAACAUAAUGUGAUACAGAGAAGUAAUAAUAAUACAUAGAAAAACAACUCUCACGUUUGACUUUUUCGCCGAUCCAAGAUAAGAGACUAAAAUAACUGGUUAACAAUAAUAUAAUUACGAUGAUUAUUCAAUGUGUAUAUGAUAUAUGUCAACCGUACGGAGGGUCUAGGCCUGGGAGGCUUAAAUGAGCAUAUGCCACCGAUGAACCACACCUGGGUACAACAGGUAAAUGAGGGUAAAAAAGAGACGUGAAAUAUCUGCUUAGUUAGAAGGUGGUGUUACAGGACAAGUAUAGGACGAGCAAUACCAUGACAUCGGCAAAAGUUAAGUUCUGUUAAGUUCUUGCCGUUCUUGCUUGUAAAUAACUUUCUGAUGCGAGGGUAUGAACCGUGAGUGAGUCGAAAUCGAGGUUGCUAGAGCAGAGUCUAGAAGAUCCUCUAACCAUCUGAGGCUACUAUGAACUGGAGUGUGAAAAACCGAGGAAUACAUUAGUACAGAUGUAAGUGAGCGCAAAUACAAAAAAAUCAAAUCGAAAUAUUAUCCCGUUUCUGACGUUUUAGAUGUGAGGCUUAGGUUUCCUUUAUUUUUUGCCUGUAUAUUAUGUGCAACUACUUUGAAUAGAAACAUGAAGGUACGCGUUUGACAGGAUGCGUUUAUUCCUCCAGUGGACAAGUGAGAGACUUACAAGCUUUUCUUCAUGUGGAGAAGGAGUCAAACACGCAUCAACACAUACAUACACACAUUGCUCGAAGAAAAACAAACUGAUUUAAAAAGGACAGCCAGAAGUGCUAACGGUGAGGACUGGCUGAGCGGGUGGGCAUUUUAUUGGCUGGCUGGCUGGCUGGCUGGGGGGGCGCGGAAGCUCGACAAUGCGGCGGCCAUUACCGUAGCCGCUGAUUAUGCUGGGUUCUGUCGAGGAUGCGUGGCCGAAGCCGAUGAGCACGAGCGGCAGUGGCUGAAGGAAGUAAUGCGACGGUUGCCUCCUAAUUAUAAAUAGUUGUAGUAGCAAGUGUGAAUCCAAUGACGAUGAGAAAUGGCUAGUCGAACCGACCACCGGAGGAUGUCAAUAACGGAGAUACUGCCGCUAACAAGGUCAACGAAGGCGGAUGGAGGCUACAGGUAAAUGAAGGGUGACACGGGAGACGCGACUCCAAACUAUGGCGUACUAAGACUGAGUUGAUAGAGGCUAUUAACAAAAAUACCUCUUCUGAAAACACAUUUUAAUGUACCUACCAAUACCACUACUACAGCUUGCAUUACCAUUUUUAAUAAUUAUACGACUGUUGCUAUUGCAUUACUAGCGGCAGUACUCAAUGACCGCCUUCCGAUGCACGGCCGAAAACGGCAAGAUUCGAACAUCUACAUACAACAGCGUAGGGUGAGAGCAUAGCGUUUCUCAUCCAUACACACGACAAAGAGACGGUGAGAAGAAAGAAAUCAAAACACACAUAUAUAUAUAUAUAUAUAUAUAUAUAUAUUACUAUUGCAAUUACUACAUAUAAGUAUUGCUCUAUUUCUGCUCUACUAUGUAUCUUCUUGCCCUCAGUCGCAGUAUUCCCGGAGUGUGUCCCGCCUUCCUCCGGAUGGUUUACAAUAGUGAUAUAACGCAUUGACGGUGAUUAAUUCUAUUGUGAUUUAAGCUGUACAUUCGUGUAUUAUACUGUGUAUAAAAAAACAACUAAAUAAGAAACAAAGGGAAGAGAGAGAGAGAGAGAGAGAUAGAUAGAUAGAUAGAUAGAUAGAGAGAGAGAGAGAGGGAGAGAGAGAGAGAGAAAUAAAAAAGAGCGCAUAACAAAAGAGAACGAAAACUCUAGAUGAAAAGAAGACGCUGAUGAUGAUACAAAACUAAAGACACUAAAGGCUUAAAUAAUAAAUGUACACGAACGAUGUAUACCAUGAAGAUACCAACGAUUAUUAAUUGUCUCCUUCUUUCACUCAUGAUGCUCAAUAGCUAUUUCUAGGUUUUACAUAUUUAGAUUAAGACAUGUUGCUGUUAGGUUGAUAAGUUCAUAUUAAACCAAACAUAGUAGUCUAGGGAUCUAAAAACAAGCUCUGUUUAGUAAAAUGUGUGUUAUCUAAACGAAUUAGCGUGUUAUUAUCCAAUUCAAUUGCAGCUAAAAAAGAUGCUACGUUCGCCCUGUAUGACGCUAGCAACAGAAGAUGUCUUAUUUAUUUGCUCUCUCAUGCAUACCCCUUAUUAGAAGAAAUACCUUUUGCCAAAGUUGUCCAAUAGAUAUUUAUCAUUACUACAUUUAUUAUGGUUACUGUACUAUAAUAAUUAAUAAUAAUUAUAAUAACAUUCAAGCAAAAGUGGAUCACAGAUCGGUGGCCAUAGGUUAUUCGCACAAUUCGAACAAUAUAACGAUUUCUAGCCCUUUUUUUUUCUAAUAAAAACCCUGUUUGACACUUAUCGUACCCACUUCCUGUACAAUUAAUUUUAAGAUUUUGUAAACGUAAUACAUUUACUAGAGAAUUAAAAUUAGGUGAAGUUAUUAUUGCUGCUCGCCUACAUAAAGCUUACACUUUAAAACCUAAUUAAGGAUUUCCAUUAAGCUUUUUGAUUCUUAUGUGAAUAGCUAAUAUUUACAGUUUAUAUAUAUAAAUGCCUAGUUUUCAUUAUUGUAUUGUUUUAUUUCUUGCAUUGCUUUCAAAUCAAAUUUUUUUUCUGAAUUUUUCUCAUGAUUUGGAAGUUAUACAUGCUUACGACAGUUGAAAAAACACACUGCAUGACUAGGAUUUCAUUGUUGGGUAUGUAUUGAAAAAACUGAAUGUUGAUAUAUGCAUAGAAACUCAGGAAGUACCAUUCAAAUGCUUCGAUACUCCGCACUUAAUGGGCAGCUUCGCGAGGUGUUCCAGAUGAGUGAAACCACUAAGCGAACAUCAAAUGAUAAUGACUACGUUGAGAGUUCCAGUGCUCUAUAAUGUACCCGCUUUUUCCGAAGGUUGUAUCGAAGCGCAGAGAAUUGGAGUUCGAAGAUGUAACUUUUGCACUAGAGGCAUAGCAUUAUAUAGUUUUUAUAACUUAAGCUCAGGCCAC